UGAUUGGCGGAUGGUGGCGGAAGGAGUUGGCCGCCGGGGACGGAGGGGGGGGCAAGAUGGCGGCGGUGCUGGAGGUGGAGGUUGGAGGCCCCGCGGAGCGCGAUGUGGAGGAGGUGGAUCUGUCCCACCUGUCCCCGGAGGAGCGGUGGAGGGUGGAGCACGCCCGGAUGCACGCCAAGCACCGCGGGCACGAGGCCAUGCACGCCGAGAUGGUGCUCAUCCUCAUCGCCACGCUCGUGGUGGCCCAGCUCCUCCUGGUGCAGUGGAAGCAGAGGCACCCUCGCUCCUACAAUAUGGUGACCCUCUUCCAGAUGUGGGUGGUGCCUCUGUACUUCACCAUCAAGCUCAACUGGUGGCGGUUCCUGGUCAUCUGGGUGCUCUUCUCAGCAGUCACAGCCUUUGUCACCUUCAGGGCAACACGGAAACCUCUGGUGCAGACAACGCCCAGGUUGGUUUAUAAAUGGUUUCUACUAAUAUACAAGAUCAGCUACGCCACCGGCAUCGUGGGCUACGUGGCUGUGAUGUUCACCCUCUUUGGGCUUAACUUAUUGUUCAGAAUCAAGCCAGAAGACGCCAUGGACUUCGGGAUCUCCCUCCUCUUCUAUGGCCUCUACUAUGGGGUGUUGGAGCGGGACUUCGCCGAGAUGUGUGCAGACUACAUGGCCUCCACCAUCGGGUUCUACAGCGCCUCGGGGAUGCCGACCAAGCACCUCUCCGACAGCGUCUGCGCCGUGUGCGGCCAACGCAUCCUGGUGGAUGUCAACGAGGAGGGGAUCCUGGAGAACACCUACCGGCUGUCCUGCAACCACGUGUUCCACGAGUUCUGCAUCCGGGGCUGGUGCAUCGUGGGCAAGAAGCAGACGUGUCCGUACUGCAAAGAGAAGGUGGAUCUCAAGAGGAUGUUCAGUAACCCGUAUCCUUUCUCCUCGCCUUCUGGGAGCGGCCCCACGUCAUGUACGGGCAGCUGCUGGACUGGCUGCGGUACCUGGUGGCCUGGCAGCCCGUCAUCAUCGGCCUGGUGCAGGGCAUCAACUACAUCCUGGGGCUGGAGUAGCGCGGCGGAGCCCCUCGGCUGCCCCUGCGGGGCCGGACCCGGCGCCGGGGCUCGUUUUUAAAGGCUCCUUUUCCCG